AGUUGAACGACGACCGUUCCACACCGAACAACAUAUAAACAACGCCACAACGACGAAGACGACGCUGAAUAGUGCAGCAGAAUUAAAACCCUAGAACUGAUCUCUGUGUGUUUGAUAGUGAUCAUAACAGGCAAAUCUUACUAUUCAUUAUUCAUUUGGAAUAACGAAUUCGAUCGGUGCGAUCGUACACAAUCGGUAACAUCGAUCCGAUCUGAUCCAGCAAAGUUCGUUAUUUGGUUGCUUUUGCAUAUGCCAUUCGGCUCACCACAAAUUUGGUUGCUCUUUUUUUCUUUUCUUUUUUGUGCUCGCGAAUUCGGCUUGCAUAGCAGCAGAAACACGAUACAUAUGGAUUGAGAGAGAAAGAAUGAGAUAACCCGAGCAAGAGACGAAGAAGUUUCAAUUUCAAGGCAACAGACACUCCAGAAAAAAAAACAAAACAACACAGAAAAAAAAUGUCAAUUUAAUCGAAGAGUUGAUUCAACAAUGAUCAACGGUCUUGUGAAUGGUGUAUGAGUGAGUGAAUGUGCAUAUGUUUGAAGUGGUCAAACGAAUUUUCGGCGGUGUUUAUCGAAUGAUCGAAGAAUAACUCAUUUGCAAAACUGACGAAAAAAAAAAUAAACGAAUGAAGAAGAAACAGUUCGUUGAUUAGUUCGCAAUAAAUCGAGUGAAAAAGUAUUAGUUCAAAAUAAAGCGGAUCACUGACGUUAGCAAAUAUUUUAAUGAAUGUGCGAUUUCGUUUUUGCCGAAUUUUCUAAAACCGACGAACUGUUUUUUACGUUCUCGCAUAUUUUCUUGCUCUGCGUGCGACAGUUGAUAUAUGUGUGAAUUUUUUUUUGGAGAGCUGAAAUAUACGAACAUCGAUGUGUAUGAACACACACACACACACACACACACACACGCAUUCAAAGAGUCGAAAAAAAGAAACAUCAAAGGCACAGAGCAGCCGGUGUGCAAAUGCUAAUUUAACUAGAGCCACGACAUCGGCAUAUAUAUUCUCGUCGGUUCAAAUGUAACCAAAAGACAAAAACAAAAAAUAAACGGACCGAAGAAGAAGAAGAAAAAAAAUACACUGAAUUACGUGAAUCGUGCCAUUUUCACUUUCGGAUUUAUGAUUACUGUAUGUAAGCGCGUUCGCAACUGGACAUACAAUACAAUAGACAUUCAUAAAGGAAUGAAAAUUUUUACACGCGAUUCGAGGGUAUGACAAGAAGAAAUCUGACCUUAAAAUGUACGUUUUGAACUGACCUUCAAUGAUCUACUGUUCCGCGCCCACAUUCGUACUUGAAAUCCACUCAUUCAUAGUGUCGUUUUGUGUUAAUUUGCGCUGCUGCUGCUGCGGCUGCCGCUGUUGUUUUUAAUAUUCUUUGCGUAUAUUUUUACAUCGAACAGACAGAGAGAUUCUCGCAUUCCCACACACACAGUGUGCAUCAAUCUGCUGAUUUCAUUCCACCGAUUUAGAAAACAAAGCUUAACGUUUGCUAACCGUUUUUUUCGCUUCGUCUUCUGUACUUUUGUUUCGACGAAAUCGUUCAAUUAGAAUACGAAAGACGAGAUAAAUGAAAAGUGAACCAAAGCGUAACGCAAAGAAAAUAGAAAGAGAAUUAUCAAGAAAUUGCUAACUGUCGCAAGUGAAACGAAAAAAAAAAAACAAAGAAAAAUGUGUUAUGUGGUGAUAACGUGUCGCAGUUUGGCUUGGUUUUUACUUACAUUGGUGGCAGAUCUGUUUAUUCUAACGGCCAUGAAAACCCCAAAGUGGCUCGAAGGACCGCAACCAUACAUUAUCAGCGAUUCAGUAGCUGAGAAUACGACCAUAACACGAUAUCCAUCCGUUGGAAUAAACACACGUUGUGUUCUAGUGAACAAAGUCAGCUUCACUUGUGGCCCAUUCGAUCAUGAUGGCUUAACAACAGACAACGAUCAUUAUCCACUGCCAUGGAAAUUUGCCAAAGUCUUCAUAGUUCUUGGUUUUGUUAUUAUGACACUGACGUUACUGUUAACGAUCGCAACAUUCUGCCGUCAAUCGAUAUUUGGCAAGAGCAUUCACACCGUCACCGGAUCAGCUCAAGCACUUGCAGCAAUUUGUGUGUUAAUCGCUCUGUUUUUGCAUCCGUUUGCGUGGGGUCAUAGUCGUGUUCAACGUUUGUGUGGUGCGGAAUCAUCAGCUUAUUGGCCAUCCGAUUGCAAGAUAGGUUGGGCGUUGUAUUGCGCCAUUAUAAGUGUGAUUCUUGGCUUUAUUUGUGCAUCGAUGAGUCUAAAAGCUGAGUCGGCCAAUAUGAAUAUCAAUGUAAAGAGACGCAUUGAGGCGGGAGAACGAUUGCUUUGCGUCAUGUAAAAGACGGCACCAGCUUUGCGAUAUCGGUCAAAGCUGGAAGAGUGUGCUUAAAAAAACUGUACAAUGUACAUUGUACAUAGGUUUAAUUUGGUCUUCAUAAUGAAAAUUAUCUCAGGAAUCACACACAUGCACACAUUUUGAAAUAUCACACAUUUUUUACACCUUGCCAUUUAAAUGCACACGAAAAAUCAAAUGCACAAUGUUUUAAUACUUUCAAAACGUAAAAAAAAAAAUUCGUUCAGUAAUUACCAAUAUCAUGAAUUUAAAAAUAUCAAUUGAAGAAGAAUUUUGUGUUUUAGAUUAAAAAUUUUUUUAAAUAAUUUGGCAUUUGCACCUUAAAAAAUUGAGACAGAAUUACCAUUGAAAUCGAUUUUUCGUGGCAUAUUUUUUUUUUCAAAUUUUUUGAUUUUUUUCAUACUAAAGGAAGUAAAAAAAUAACCAACUGUAAGCACAUUAAAACGCAACCCAAAGAUGUUAAGAAAAACGGCAUUUGCGACAAGCAAGUAAAACGAAACGAAUACAUAUUGUCGUUCCGAAAAUAUGGUUUCACUUUGCAAGUGAAAUUUAUCGGGCAAACACACAAUUCCUAAGAAAUAAUAGCUGUAUCACUUAGUGAUUAUUUAUGGUUUAAUUUUUUUUUUUCUUUUUGAUAAAAUGUUUCAUUGUAGUCAAUGCAAUUAACUUAAUUUCUUUGUGUUAUUAUUCUCUCUUUUCUUUUUUGAAUAACAACUAACAAUGUAGAAAAACAAAAA